UGCAGCGGUCUUGUCUGCACACGCUUCGAAUUCGAUAAGUAAUAGCAACGUUACAUGCAGCUGCAAACAGAACCUUCUCUGAAACUAAAUUUUUACUUAAUUUAUUAGGCUAGCCGCGUUAGUCGUACCCAGGAAAGACGCGAUAUCUACAAUGGCCGCGCCUCUAAAAGUGUGUAUUGUUGGCUCAGGAAAUUGGGGUUCGGCAAUUGCCCGGAUCAUCGGUGGGAACUCCCAGACCCUGGAGCGUUUUGCCACCACUGUCAAGAUGUGGGUCUUUGAGGAGACUGUCAAUGGCAGAAAACUUACAGACAUCAUCAACACAGACCAUGAGAAUGUCAAGUAUUUGCCUGGAUACAAACUGCCAGACAAUGUGGUGGCAGUGCCCAACCUCCGUGAUGCCGCUGAGGGUGCAGACCUGCUGGUUUUUGUAGUGCCACACCAGUUCAUCAGGAAACUCUGCGAUGAGAUGGUGGGGUGUGUGUCAGAAAAGGCCCGUGGCAUUACCCUCAUCAAGGGCAUAGACGAGGGCCCCGGCGGACUCAAACUCAUUUCUGACAUUAUUCGGGAGAAGAUGGGGAUCGACGUCAGCGUUUUGAUGGGCGCCAACAUCGCCAAUGAGGUGGCUGCCGAAAAGUUUUGUGAAACCACAAUUGGAAGUAAAAUCCUGGAAAAUGGCCUCCUCUUCAAGGAGCUCCUGCAGACACCCAACUUCCGCAUCACGGUGGUAGAUGAUGCAGACACUGUGGAGCUCUGUGGGGCCCUGAAGAACAUAGUGGCGGUGGGGGCGGGCUUCUGUGAUGGUCUGCGCUGUGGGGACAACACCAAGGCGGCAGUGAUCCGGCUGGGCUUGAUGGAGAUGAUCGCUUUCGCCAAGCUGUUCAGUAAAGACGGCACGGUGUCCUCCGCCACCUUCCUGGAGAGCUGUGGCAUCGCCGACCUCAUCACCACCUGCUACGGCGGACGCAACCGCCGCGUUGCAGAGGCCUUCGCCAAGACCGGCAAGAGCAUCGAGGAGCUAGAGAAGGAGAUGCUGAAUGGGCAAAAGCUUCAGGGUCCAGCCACAUCGGCAGAAGUUUAUCAUAUCCUCAAGCAGAAGGACCUGGUGGAGGAGUUCCCACUGUUCACUGCUGUGUACCGGAUCUGUUUUGAGGGGAAGCCAGUCGAGAAGAUGAUCUCCUGCCUACAGAGCCACCCUGAACACAUGUGAACAUGCUCGGCCACUUAGGCACACAUCCUCAUCCACGGACCCCUUCCCCAUACCACAACUUACAAACUGCCUAUAUCUGACCAUGACACCCCUUACAAUGAUCUUUGAGUAUCUGUACUCUGCUAUUUGCCAGGUCAUCACCAUAUAUAAGUAUUUCUUCUUGAUUGACCUGCCUGGUUAAUAUAUAUUUUUCGUCAUUUGCAAUCACAGCAUAUACAUUAUCUAGCUCACAUAUGUGCCAUCAAAUAGGAGCACAUGCAGAGCACUACAAAGGGGUGUGGCCUGUUUGUGUGCUAUUCAUUCAGCUUACAAGAUGGCUGCCAUGGACACCAUAUAAUUGGGUUCCCUUUCAGUUUUUCCCUUGGCAUUAUUUGAGCAAUAGUUCAGCUAGAAUGUAAACAUUCACAUUUCAGCUAUAAUACAACCCAUUCUUUUGACAUGCCACAAAUAACUACAUUUUCUCUGACAAAAUGCUUCUUAAAAUGCAGUGUAGGUAAAAUUAAAAGUACUGUAAUAAUUGCAGCUAUGUUUGGGAUAAGGUGUAGACAGUAAUUUGAGUGAAGUUUCAAGGUUUUAUAAAAUAGUCUCUGAAUGUUAGUUUGUGUUUUUAAAACUUAAUUUUUAUAUUUUGUUUGUACGAGCCCUUUGAUACACAAAGCAAUUUUUUUAUGACCAUAAAACUAUUUCAUUUUUGCUUUCACCACACAAUAGGCAUCUAAAACUCAAGCCUUUAACGGCUGCAAUAUAGGGGUUUUCUGUGUUGCUGCACUUGGCUGAAAAUUGGCUUAAAUUGGCUCCUGGUUGGAAGGGAACAGGAACCUACAGACACUGGCCCUAAAGAGCCGGAGUUUAAAAUCACUGCCUCAGAACUUCCCUGCAAGUGUACAGUUGUGUCUGGAAUUGGAUGUAAUCUUUCUAAAGUACGGAUGCAUUCUUUGAAUCUCAUUUCAAUCUCAAACAUUCCAGUAUGAACUCAUGAAUUUUCUAUUUACUAAACAUUUUUACCAGAUUUACACCAAGUGCAGCAGCUGACAUUUCAAUUUUAGAAAACUUUGAUUCCAUUAACAGGAAUAAUAUAACGGGAACAGUUUUACACACUUCUAUGCAUUGUGCGAACACACAGAAUUUAUUAGUAGAAAAUUCAGUACACAUACAUUCCAAUUAUUUCCAUUGUCAUGGUUGACAAAGUAUACUCGUUUGGCAGCAACUGUGUCCAUUAUCACAGUUUAGUUAUUGGAAAAACUAUUGCCUUAAUUGUAUUAAUAUUAAGGACUUUAUUUUGUUUUUACAAUUUCAGCAAAGCUGCUUUGUCAUGCUUUUUCUCUGAGCACAUAACAUACAUAAGUUGUGGAACUACCUGAUUUUGCAUUUCGUAUAAGUAUCAAACACGGGAACUGGGUAGUAGCUCUGAACAUGGUUAGCCAAGCCAUUGAAAUGAUACGAUACAUUUGAGUUUUUAUUGUUUUUAAUAUAGACUAGUGACUGUUCAGCACAUGUAUGGUUUUUAUUUGUAAAUUAUGAAGAUUGAAACAAUAGCCAUCACAGUAGUUGUGGGUGAUUUGUGUGAACAUUCCUCUUUUUUUAAAAGACACAGAUUAUGCUUAUUUCAGUCCAUGCGAUGAAAAACUUAAGGUGUAUGAAUGAUUCCGUAUCUACAUUUGUAAAACAGCCACAUAUUUUCUGUUAAAAUGAAACUUAAAAUUAAUUCCAGCAUGCUACGUUCACCAUUGAAAUGUUGUGCAUAUCAGCCCACAACAGCACUAAAGGAAGGUUGUAUGCUAAAAGAAUUGAAUGAUCAGCCACCUCUAAUCUGGACUUCUGUUACUUUAUAUGCAACUGCGUUUUUCAGUUCUUCUACAAUGCUUAACUUGCCAGUGCCUGACAGAAAGUGGAAUUGAGUUAGUUACACCUGUGUAUUUUGGGAGAUUUUGCAUUGAAGAGCAUGGCAAUAGUUAUAAUGAAAAACAGAUGAUGUAUUGUUUUAUUUCUCUCAUGCUUGAUUUGUAUUUUAGUUGGGAUGUUGUUACUAUGCUUGGGUUUAGGUAGUUGGAACAAUUCCUCAUUUUCUGACAUCUGUUUGAAUGUGCUCUAAAGCAGUGGUCCCAGAAUUGGUCCUGGAGUAUAGCACAAUAUGAACAUGGGAAUUUAACGUGCUUUAAGGUAAAUAAUCGGUCUUAAUAUGAAAAGCACACUAUUAAGAAAUAUUAACAGCUUCUCAAAAUUAUUUGAUUGCAAUUGGGGUUGGAAUAAAAACCAGCAUACACAGGGGUACUCCAGGACCGACUUGGGAAUCACUGCUCUAAAGUAACUUCCCACAGCAAUCAUCAAAUCUGGACCUCGAAUCCAAAUCUGGCCCUGGUUUUCUUUUUUUCCCCAGGUAAUCAGCUGAGCAAUUAGUGCUACUGAUUGGUCAGACUGUCUUCACACCUGACUCCUGGUAAAGGGAGGGUGGAACACCAGCAGUUCUUGGAUCUCGAGGACUGUGAUUUGAUGAUCUCUGCCUUAUAAUCAUCACUCCACAACCUGGAGGCAGUUGUCUGCCAUCUCCAAAAUUGCAAAGACCUUCACAGGACACUAGUCCAUUAGUAUAAUGCUGCAUGUCAGUGAAAAAUACAUGUGGAUUGUCACUUAAUGUUGCCUUUUGAAUUUUUAAUGUAGCUUUUAAAGUUUUUCUCUGUUCAGGGUGUGGGACCUGUCUAUUGUUUUCAACAUCAAGGGAAACGUAUUGAACCUGUAGGUUAAUCAGUGAAAGAUGUAAUAAAGUCUCACAUUUCUCCUUCA